UUUCUUUUUAAUUUAUUCUAGAGGAUUAGGGCGGUGGAAUAAAAGUGAGUAGGAGAUGCGGUCCUGUGUAAGAGCUGUGAGCGGGACGGCCCAGCGGCUUCACGUGGCUCCAGUCUGUGGCUCUCAGCCUCUCGCUGUUGUAGCUCGCAGUCUCAGUUUCUCUCCGUGCCGAGUCACAUCCGAUGCCAGUUUUCACUCAGUGUCCUCUGGAUCAGAUCAUCCCAGAGUUCUCAUAACCGGGGGUCUGGGUCAGUUGGGAGUGGGUCUAGCCAAACUGCUCAGGAAGGAGUUUGGAAAAUAUAAUGUAAUUCUGUCUGACAUCAGGAAACCCCCAAAUCAUGUUUACCAAAGCGGUCCCUUUAUAUAUUCUGACAUUUUGGACUACAAAAACCUGCGUGAGAUUGUUGUAAACAACCGCAUCACUUGGUUGAUACACUACAGCGCCCUUCUGAGUGCAGUCGGAGAGGCCAAUGUGUCCCUCGCUCGUGACGUCAACAUCACUGGGUUGCACAACGUUCUUGACAUUGCCGGAGAACAUGGGCUCCGUCUUUUCGUCCCCAGCACUAUUGGAGCCUUUGGCCCCUCCUCCCCUCGUAACCCCACCCCUGAUCUGUGCAUCCAACGACCACGAACCAUUUACGGAGUGUCCAAGGUUCACGCUGAGCUAAUGGGAGAGUAUUACCAUCACAGGUUAGGUCUUGACUUCCGCUGUCUCAGAUACCCAGGAAUCAUUUCUGCAGACUCUCAACCUGGUGGAGGAACUACAGACUAUGCUGUCCAGAUCUUCCACGAUGCUGUGAAAACUGGCAAAUUUGUGUGCAAUCUGAGGCCUGACACAAGACUUCCCAUGAUGUUCAUUGAGGAUUGUAUAAGAGCCACACUGGAAGUUCUGGAAGCUCCUGCUGAGGUACUCGGUAUGCGCACAUACAACAUCAGCGCCAUGAGCUUCACUCCAGAGGAACUGGUACGAGAAAUCAGGAGGCACCUGCCAGACCUGCAGGUCACAUACGAGAUUGACCCAGUUCGACAGGCCAUUGCCGAUAGCUGGCCAGAGAUCUUAGAUGACACCAGUGCCCGCAGUGACUGGGGCUGGAAGCACGACUAUGGUUUGCCAGAGCUGGUUCAGGCGAUGCUCAACUUCACUGGAUCAGACUCCAGAAUGUCUCAAGCAAACUAAUCUCCAUCUGCCAUCACGUGUUUUUGGGGCCUAAUGGAAGGAAUGGUAAUCGGGCUCUGUAACUAACUGAGAUUACUGAAGGUCAAACUU